AUGUUUUCGAUUGUCGAACAGUGAGUUUUCCUUGCAUUUAAAUAGAUUUUUCUCAAGUAUCAUUUGCAGCAUAAGAGUGUCACAAUGCUCGUCGAAAACAUUAGCAUUCUCGCGAGCCAUGUCACUGACGAACACUGAGUUCAAUCUGGAAUUCACAAAAAACACGGCGGACAUUAAAUAUGUGACUUCACGCAGAGAAUUCUACAUCUUUGUUCGGUUUUACUGGCGGGAACAAAGUAGGCCAGAAAAACAGCAAGCCCGGAAGCUGGCCGAUGAUUCGCUGGAUCUGUUCAUCAAAGAGCACAACCCGCCGGGCUCCAGUUUCGAGCACUCUGUCUCCGGAAUGGCGUUGACCGUAUUCAAAUCAUUCGGACGGCCUCUACAGAAUCUUAUCGUCGACUUGAGCACGGUUAAAAACAUCCAAAACACUUUGGCUCUUCUGGGCAACACGAUUUCUAAAGAUAUUACUAUUUAUGGAGCAUCAAAGUGCAACUGGAAAGCUCUGAUCUACAUUCUGAACAUAAGCACCGAAAAGAACUCGCUGACGCUUCUCUCGAAUCCGGGAUCUGAUUUCGUGUACAAAAAGGUGAGAAGGAAGUUGUUGCUAGAAAUAGCUGAUGUCAAUUUUCAGGCGUUUAAAACGGAUUCACUGAGAAUCGAGUCUGCAAAGUGGUUCACCCGUUCGAAUCUGCUCACCUCCAACUGCAGAAUCAUCGAGUUAAAAUUCUCGAAUUUGACAAAUGCGGAUCUGAAUCAAUUCCUCACCAUGUGGCAGCGAGGAUCAUUCAAAAAACUGGAAGAGCUCGAAAUUCGCAACAUCAAAUUUUUGGACGAGGAAUCUGUUUUGUACGGACUGGACGCUAUCCGGAAGAAAACGAAGGAGAUGGGGUACGUUGAAUGAAUAUUUUCAAAAAAAGAAAUACGCUUCCAGAACAUUCUUUUCGAUAUUAUCCGACAAAAAUCAACGACGGGGCGCUGAUGUUCAUCUUGGAAACGACGAUUUUUGUUUGACAGUUUGGUCCGAGACAAUGGAGGAUAAUUAA